AUUCUUCAUAUUGUUAGAUUUCCGACAACAAUGGUGGUUUCGCUCAGUUAAGGUCUUCAUAUUUGAAUCUUUCACGUUGAAGUUGCGGCCAUUGUUCUUCAAGAAGACAGCCAAGUUGGACCGGUUCAAGGUAUGAAUGAAGAUAGCAACGUAUAACGUCAAUGGCCUCAGGCCUCGAAUUUCCCAGUACGGCUCCCUCCGUAAACUCCUUGAUUCUCUCGAUUCCGACAUCAUCUGCUUGCAGGAAACGAAAUUGUCGAGGCAAGAACUGAGAGCUGAUGUGGUUUCAGCAGAUGGGUACGAGUCCUUUUUUUCUUGCACUCGUUCUAUUGAAAAGGGUCGCACAGGUUAUUCCGGUGUUGUGACAUUUUGCAAAGUGCAAUCUGCUUUUUCAAGCAAUGAGGUUGCACUGCCAGUUGAUGCAGAGGAAGGGUUUACUGGUGUUCUAGAGAAUUCUAGAGGGUUUGGAUCCAGAAAACAUGAUUUUCUGGCCCGUGCGGAUGGGCUUGAAGAAUUUGAUAGGGAUGAGCUUCUUAAGAUCGACAGUGAGGGACGGUGUAUCAUUACUGAUCAUGGUCAUUUUGUUAUUUUUAACAUUUAUGGGCCUCGAGCUGCAUGCGAUGAUGCAGAACGGAUUGAGUUCAAGCUCUCAUUCUACAAGAUACUGCAGAAACGUUGGGAGGCUCUCAUGCGUAAAGGAAGGAGAAUAAUUGUUGUUGGUGAUUUCAACAUUGCUCCUUCUUCCAUAGAUAGGUGUGAUGCAGGACCAGAUUUUGAAAAUAACGAGUUUAGAGUCUGGUUUAGAUCUUUACUAGUGGAAAGUGGAGGCUUGUUCUUUGAUGUGUUCAGAGCAAAACAUCCCGAAAGAACAGAAGCCUAUACUUGCUGGUCCACCAACACAGGUGGCGAGAUAUUCAAUUUUGGAUCUAGGAUUGACCAUAUUAUAACCGCUGGAUCAUGCUUGCAUGAAAAUAUUGACCCGGAAGGUCAUAACUUCUUUUCAUGCCAUGUUAAAGACUGCGACAUAUUAACACAAUUUAAACGUUGUAAACCUGGGACCAUGCCAAGUUACCGAUGGAAAGGAGGGAAAAAUAUUAAGAUGGAAGGCUCAGAUCAUGCGCCCGUUUUCAUGAGUUUAACGGACAUUCCCGACAUUCAUCAGCAUAAUACUCCGUCUUUGUCCAUUAGAUACUGUCCUCAGGUUCGAGGAUGUCAGCAAACUCUUGUGUCUAUGUUAUCAAGAAGUAAAUCAACAGAGGAAACUAAAGUCGAUGAACAGUCUGUCGCUUCUCUUGAUGAAGAAAUUAAAGUACAAAACCAUGAGCUACGUGUUAAAAGUCCGAUUCUUAACCGUACAGAAAUGAAGAAGAAGUUGAAAAAAAGCCAAUCGUCACAGCUCUCGCUUAAGUCCUUUUUCCAAAGUAGUUCAACAGCCAAUAAAGAAGUUAAGAGCAUGACUGCUGAGUUGUCGGUUGACCAUACAAGUGAUUCGGUUGAAGGAUCUGAAACUGAAGUUCUGAAGUUUACUACCAAAGGUGAACCUGACGAGUCUCGGUGUGAAUCAGAUGCCUGUAAUUCUUCACAAACUGAUAAAAGUCAAAGCGCUCAAUUAGAGUGGCAAAGAAUUCAACAGUUUAUGCAGAGUAGCAUUCCUGUAUGCAAGGGCCAUGGUGAACAAUGCGUUUCACGGGUUGUGAAGAAAGCGGGGCCUACUUUUGGUCGCCGUUUUUAUGUUUGUGCUCGUGCAGAGGGGCCUGCAUCAAAUCCUGAAGCAAAUUGUGGCUACUUUAAGUGGGCUGAUUCGAGAUCUAAGCGGAAACAGGGCUGAAAUAGAAGUUAGAACUGCAUGAGUUUAGAGUUUAGACAGCUGAGUGUAGGCCAAAUCUGAUAAAUUCUAGCAUUGUCAUACCUCUGUUUUCAGUGCUGGUAGUGGUAUAGAAAGCAUUUUCUAAAUUUGCUUCACUUUGUCCACAUCUGAUUUUGAAAUGGUAAAAACAAAAGAAUGACAUGGAUUUUCAGUCAUUUGUCAAAA